AACAUUCGCUGAGUUCAUACUGUUUAACUUUAAUAGAAAAAUAUAUAAAAGAUCCCCCUUGUUCCCUUGGGAGCCAAUCAGAUUUGCGUUACACGUCAAUGCAACAGAAUGGAGAGCGGAGCUACUGCGGAUCAGUGCAUAUAGCAUUAGCGGCCAGGGUGGGAUAGGCAAGAGAGACGUUUCAGAUACAGUGCGAGAGAGAGUAACAGUCUCCCACUCGAGCACAACCUUGGACGAUACAAACAUGAGUAGUCAGUACGACGACGAGAGCCGCGACCGAAGCGAAUGUAAAAGCAAGUCGCCCACCGUACUUUCCUCCUACUGCAUAGACAGUAUACUGGGCAGAAGAAGCCCGUGUAAAGUCAGACAACUGGCAGCGCAAAGUUUGCCAGCACCCGUCAGACAGGACCACGACCAGUCAACCGAAGUCACCUCUAAAGAGAACUCGUUUGACUCGGACAUGCACCUGCCGCCCAAACUGCGCCGGCUAUACGGCCCUGGGGGGAAGUACCUGGACUCCGGGAGGGGGUUUCACGAGCACCUAGAGAAGGGUGAGAGGGAGAGACUGCUGGACCAAGCCUGUGAGAGUCUCAAAAUCAGCCACGCGCCACAAGUUAGCAUCAGCCGUAGCAAGUCGUACAGGGAGAACGCGCCCUUCAGCCAGAGCGAUGAAGGCCAGAGUCCCGAGCACACGGCCCAGGAACUGGUGGAGCUCAGCACUCUGAAGUUUGAAGAGGAUGUUGUCAAAGAGGAGGCGUGCGGAGACGCCAGUCUGUCUCCGAAGGAUGAAGAGAGCAUGCACAACGAUGGGGAUGUAAAAGAUGGAGAGGACAGUGUGUGUCUAUCGGCCGGCAGCGACUCGGAGGAAGGGAUGCUUAAACGAAAGCAGAGAAGAUACAGGACUACCUUCACCAGCUAUCAGCUGGAGGAACUGGAGAGGGCCUUCCAAAAAACACACUACCCUGAUGUGUUCACCAGAGAGGAGCUCGCGAUGAGGCUGGAUCUGACAGAAGCGCGCGUGCAAGUUUGGUUUCAAAACCGAAGGGCAAAGUGGAGGAAACGUGAAAAGGCAGGAGUCCAGGCUCACCCCUCGGGCCUGCCCUUUCCUGGGCCGCUGGCAGCCGCUCACCCCCUGAGUCACUACCUAGAAGGAGGACCAUUCCCACCUCACCCUCACCCUGCUCUGGAGUCAGCAUGGACUGCCGCAGCCGCUGCUGCUGCUGCAUUCCCAGGCCUGGCUCCGCCCCCAAACAGCUCCGGCCUCUCUCCUGCCACACCCCUCGGCCUAGGAACCUUCCUGGGCACAGCGAUGUUUAGGCAUCCAGCCUUUAUUGGACCCACUUUUGGCAGACUCUUCUCAAGUAUGGGUCCUCUGACCAGUGCUUCCACGGCCGCCGCUCUCUUGCGCCAAACUGCACCGCCAGUGGAGGGUCCCGUGCAGCCGCCGGCAAACCUGCCAGACCCGCCAUCUUCCUCAUCCUCUAUGGCCGCCGACCGCAGGGCAUCCAGCAUCGCAGCACUGCGUCUCAAAGCAAAGGAACAUUCGGCCCAGUUGACCCAACUGAACAUCCUGCCGUCCGGCACUGCAGGAAAGGAAGUAUGCUGAUCCUUCUCCUUAAAAACAAAACAAAAUAUUAAAGAAACCAUCUCAACAAAAAGCACAACCAAAUCCAUAUAGCACUAGCACACCGGAGACCCAUCCGACUCUGGAGUCAUCGCCAAAUCACAGAGCUGCCCACUGGACAUCAUCACUAAAAUGUACACAGUGCAUCAAACAUGUUUCAAAACCCUGAACAUAAAGAGUGUAAUGUAGGCACCUCAGAGGG